UCACUCAGACUGGGACUGAACACAGCCUCCUCCCUCCUCCUCCAACACCAGGAGGUCUCGGACAGCCGGACUUAAACCACGGAAAUACUCCAAAAAUAAGACAAUACAUUGUAAUUAAGAAGAGACGAAACCAGUGGACGGAAUACAACUGCUGUUUUUAUUUUUUUAUUCCAAACGAAGUUUUUAAUUUAUUUAUUGUUUUGCUGGAACUUUUGACGUCAUGAGGAUUUUCACGGCUGCGCUCCUGCUUCUUCACGUCUUGGCGUUGCCCAGAUUGGCCAGUGGCGCUGCGGUCGACAGGCGUGAAAACAACAAACACACAUCUGUUUUCAACCUCCUGGGCACGACCAGAAGCCAGAAGAGGGUGGAGGAAAAGGAGCGCACGAGUACACCAACAGUCACGUACAGUCAGGAAGAGGAGGAUGAAGAUUAUUACGACUACGAGCCAGAUUAUGAGAUGUCUGGCGAUUAUGACACGCACGUGCCACUAGUUGCCAUGUCGAGCAAACCCAGAGACCCGUCUUCCAUCCUGGAGACCGCGACUACGGAGGGAAAGAGACGGCGGGGAACGGGGAAGAAGAAGGGGAAAGGCCUGGGGAAGAAGAGGAACCCCUGUCUGAAGAAGUAUAAGGAUUUCUGCAUCCACGGCACCUGCCAGUACCUGAGGGACAUCCGCGCCCCAUCCUGCGUGUGCCACCCGAAUUACUCCGGCGACAGGUGUCAGUUUUUCACGCUGCCUGUGCAGUCUCCAGAGGGCUACAGCAGGACCACAGCUCUGGCUGUCAUAGCCGUGGUGCUGUCGUCCAUCUGCCUCACAAUCAUCGGACUGCUGCUGAUGCUCAGGUUUUAUAAACGAGGAGCGUAUGAUGUCGAGAGCGAAGAGAAGGUCAAACUAGGAUUGGCGUCUAAUCAUUGAAGAGGCAAAAUGAG